AUCUUUGUUUGUUCUGUUUCCUUUGACUCUUGAAUCACAGAAUGUAAGACUGAAAGUAUUGAUGUACACAGGAGUCUAAUGUUAAAGAAUAUUAUUUUGUUCUAGAGUACAUAUUUUUAGAAGACGCCACUGAAUAUUGGAAAUGCCUAAAUAUAACUACUUUGUUUAUUCUUUUGAAAAAUAUUUAGCUGUUCUGGAUCUACAGGAAUAGAAUAAAGGGAGAUAUUCCAGAGAUACAGCUUCACAUGUACACAACAAACAUGAAGAAUUAUGGGUCAAAGGUCGUUUGCAUUUAACGCCUGAACAUCAAACGGUUAAAGAUGUCUGUAAACACUUCUGGGUGUUGUCCGUCAAACACUGCUGGAGGGGGAAAUACAUUGAUGAAUUAUUUAUAUAAAAAGGCAAAGGAGGUGAAUAUUUGUGCCAGUUCUGUUUUACUCGACAGAUUUCAACUGCUGCUUGUGCUGGGAUUAACAUCACAGAAUAAAGUCCAUUUGUGCAGAGAAAACCUGACUGACCCACAUAUACAAUGAAAUCAUAUGUGAUGUUUAAUGAGAUAAAUCUGCCAUCUGCUGUCCUCCAGUUACAUGCUCUUAGACUUGUACAGUAUUUUUGUCAUCAUCUGAUGGGGUCUACACAAAGGGCUGAUUGUGUGAAACUGCUGCUCUCAGAUUCUGUCAGUACACAUGUGCUGUAAAGAGCAUAUAUGUGUUCAUGUGUGUGACCUGAUGAAUCUGCACAAAGAGCUGUCAGUCAGUGAGGCCACGCCCACGGAGCGAGCGAGUGGGCGGAGUCUCGCCUCUUCGACUCCUGGAGUUGAAUGAGUUCUUCCUCUAGAUCUCUGGGCUAGCGGGUGAUGCAGAUGCGAGGAUAAUCAGACCAUCUUCAUCAUCUUCAUCAGGAUGUCUGACUCGGAGAUGUCGGAGUUCUCGAGUAUCGUGGAGCGUCUCGAGAGAGGCGAGGUGCAGAUGAAGAGCAUCGAGCGGGAGCUGAUCUGUCCCGUCUGUAAGGAGCUCUUCUCUCAGCCGCUGGUCCUGCCCUGCCAGCACAGUGUGUGCCACCGCUGCGUCCGAGAGCUGCUCAUGCCCAACCACGACGACUCUCUGAGCACCGACGCGGGGUCCGAGAGCUCCAACCCCGGCAGCCCUCGCUCCAGGGUCCCGUCCCCGAGCAUGGAGAAGCUGGACCGGCUGCUGCGAUCAGGGUCCAUAUCUUCUCCUGGAUGGAGGCGCUCCUCCGUCACUCCCCGGGUCACCACCUUCCCGUGUCCCGGCUGUCAGCAUGACAUUGAUCUCGGGGAGCGAGGGAUCAGCAUGCUCUUCAGGAACUUCACUCUGGAGAGCAUCGUGGAGCGUUACCGUCAGGCGGCCCGAGCAGCCGUGGCCAUCAUGUGUAACGUCUGCAAGCCGCCCGUCCAGGAGGCCACCAAGAGCUGCAUGGACUGCAAGGCCAGCUUCUGCAAUGAGUGCUUCAAGAUGAACCACCCCUGGGGAACACCCAAAGCCCAGCACGAGUACGUGGGACCCACCACCAACUUCAGACCCAAGGUGCUCAUGUGUCCUGAGCACGAGAUGGAGAAGGUGAACAUGUACUGUGAGGUGUGCCGGCGUCCCGUGUGUCAUCUGUGUAAGCUCGGCGGAUCUCACGCUAAUCACAGAGUCACCUCCAUGAGCAGCGCCUACAAGAUCCUGAAGGAGAAGCUGUCGAAGAGUAUCCAUUAUUUAAUUAGCAAAGAAGACCAAGUGAGGACACAGAUUUCUGAGCUGGAGGUGUUGAUCCGUGACACAGAGGAGAACGGGCAGCUCGCUGAAACACGCACCUGCGAACACUUCGAGCGUCUGCUGGAGACGCUUCAGGAGCGGAGGACGGAGAUGCUGCGCUCCAUCGAGCAGAGCCGGAGUCUGCGGGUGGAGCGUCUGCGGGCGCAGGUGGAGGAGUACCAGGGCAUGCUGGAGAACAGUGGCCUUGUGGGAUACGCUCAGGAGGUGCUGAAGGAGACGGAUCAGUCCUGCUUCGUCCAGACGGCCAAACUGCUGCACGUCAGGAUUCAGAAAGCCACGGAGUCGGUGAAGACGUUCCAGCCGGCCGCGGCUCCAGCGUUUGAGGAGUUUGUGCUGGACACAGGGAAGGAGGAGCUCUUCCUGAAACAGCUGAGCUUCAGCGGCGUUCCCGAGCCUCCAGUGAUCGAUCUCUCUCGCUGCCGCGUUUAUAACGAGGCUCUGAUCCACUGGCGUCUGUCUGAAGACUCUCUGCCCACCGAUCAUCACAUCGUGGAGUUCAGGAAGCUGGGAUCUGAGGAAGAGCAGGAGUCCAGCUGGAGCGCAUCGGAGCCUGUGUUCGGCUGCAGCACGGUGCUGUGUGACCUCACAUCAGACUCCAGCUACACCUUCAGAGUCAGGAGCUGCAGGAACAGAGUCUACAGCCCCUACAGCCCCGGGGUGACCCUCCACACGCCUCCAGCGCCCGUGUUUGGCUUCCUGUUUAACGAGAAGUGUGGCUUCAGUGCGGAGCGUCUGCAGCUGAGCAAGCGCAGGGACUCUGUGGAGAGCGUGGCGGGGAUGAGCUUGCUCUUAUCUGCGGAGCGCGUGCAGACGGGGAGCUACAUCUGUCUCGACUACAUCAUCGGAGACACGGGCAUCUCUCACGGACGCCAUUACUGGGCUUUCCGUGUGCAGCCCGACUCAUACAUGAUCAAAGUGGGCGUGGCUUCUGACUCCAAACUAACAGAGUGGUUUCACAACCCUCGAGACACCAGCAGCCCCCGGUACGACCAGGACAGCGGUCAUGACAGCGGCAGCGAGGACACGUGUUUCGAGGUCUCUCUGCCCUUCACACUGGUCACUGUGGGCAUGGGCCGGCUCUUCAUCCCCAAAGCGUCCACCGCCGCCGGAGACCACAGCAGCCGAGUCCUGCCCAUGCCACAGAGGAUCGGAGUCUGUCUGGACUAUGACGCGGGUCGCGUGUUCUUCUACGACGCAGACUCCAUGCGCUGUCUGUACGAGCGAGCGGUGGACUGCUCCGGGACCAUGUUCCCUGCGUUCGGGCUCCUGGGCGGCGGAGCGGUUCAUCUGGAGGAGUUCAUCACGGCCAAGCGUCUGUCCUACAUGUGAGGUGUCUGUUAGAUCUGUCUCGUUCUCUCGAGCUCCUCGCCGUGUGGCUCACAAGUGUGCUCUCGAGUGCCUUCAGCCGACCGUCAGUUCACAUCAGGGUUCACAUUACUUCACCAGAAUCUAAUGCAAAGCCUCACGACGUCACUUCACUCUCUGAAGAAUGGGCACUGAUACUGUUAAUUACUUCUCAUCGUUUAUAUGCAGUUAAAUGAGCUUUAAAAACAACCAACAUCAUGAUCUGAUCACUACAGAACACAAGUGAGCACUAAUCAGUUCUUUAUUGUAGCAGCACCUGCAAAACAAGAAAUGUUUCCAAGUAAAUAUGUGCUAGAUGUUUUUUUUGUAAUCGAGUUAAACACUUUAAUGAAAUGUAGCAUCUGAAUCAAAGCGGUGCUGAUCACGAGACAGACCUGAACACCUUAAAUCUACAGAUGCACUAUUAUAGUCUUGACACGGCCUUACUGAGCAAUCACCGCUUCAUUAACCAGAGACGACUGGCACUAACUACCUCUGACGAUCCCUUAUUCUGCUCUUGUGCUUGUAUCGCUUAGAAACAUGUCCACAUCUUCAAGUCAGAGCAUCCUGCUUCCUGAUCACGUCUUAUUCUGUGGAGUAUUGCUCUUUUUAUCCUUUUCGGCAAAACCUCACACUAAUCGAAUGUUUUCAACAAUGUGACUGCAGAAAAGGAGACUCUGAAUGCUUUAAACUAUCAGAUUGAGCUUUUAAUGUUAGUGUUCAUCUGAAUAAGUGUGUGUGUGUGUGUGUGUGUGUGACCAGUGGACUGAAGAACUGAGAGCAGUGUGUGUGUGUGUGUGUGAGACCAGUGGACUGAAGAACUGAGAGCAGUGUGUGUGUGUGUGUGUGUGAGACCAGUGGACUGAAGAACUGAGAGCAGUGUGUGUGUGUGUGUGUGUGUGUGUGUGUGUGUGUGUGAGACCAGUGGACUGAAGAACUGCGAGCAGUGUGUGUGUGUGUGUGUGUGUGUGUGUGUGUGAGACCAGUGGACUGAAGAACUGAGAGCAGUGUGUGUUGCAGUGGAUGGGGAAUAAUGAAGAGUGAUCACAGAAUGUGUUUUGGGAGCUUGUAACCUAAUGUUGUGCUGUAUCUUGUGCGUGUUAAACAGGGUUUGUGAUCGUUCGGUUGUAAUGUGUGGUACUGAUCUUCUGAAUCCUGCUGAUGUUGUUUAAAGCAUGUGUGAGUGUGAUCUAUCACUUUAACGGAUGUGACCAGUGUCUAUCUGUCACCGGCAUGGGUUUAUUUUGAAUGCACUAUAUGGGUUUUUGUAGAAAAAUAAAUGAAUGUCCUUUUA